AUGCUGAUGCUCGCUGCCCUUUCCAUGCUGGCCCUCGCCAGGGCCCAGCAAGUCGGCACGGAGCAGGACGAGGUGCACCCCAAGAUCACCUGGCAGCGCUGCACCGCGCCCGGGUCCUGCACCUCGGUAAACGGCGAGAUCGUCAUCGACGCCAACUGGCGCUGGGUGCACGGCGUCGACGGCUACGAGAACUGCUACGACGGCAACCAGUGGACCGACCUGUGCUCCAGCGCUUCUGACUGCGCCAAGAACUGCGCCGUCGAGGGUGCCGACUACGAGGCCACCUACGGCAUCUCCACCAGCGGAGAUGCCCUUACGCUCUCCUUUGUCAAUGAGCACGAGUACGGCAAGAACAUUGGUGCUCGUACCUAUCUCAUGGAGAGUGAUAGCAAGUACCAAAUGUUCACCCUCAUGGAUAACGAGUUGGCCUUUGACGUGGACUUGUCUGCUGUCGAGUGUGGCAUGAACUCGGCUCUCUACCUCGUACCUAUGAAGCCUGAUGGCGGCAUGAGCGAUGAGCCCGACAACGCGGCCGGUGCCAAGUAUGGUGUUGGAUACUGUGAUGCCCAGUGCGCGCGUGAUCUCAAGUUCAUCAACGGAAAGGCCAAUAUCGAGGGCUGGACUCAGUCUGACACGGAUGAGAAUUCGGGUCUCGGAAACCUCGGUUCCUGCUGUGCUGAGAUUGACGUUUGGGAGUCCAACGCCCACGCCUAUGCUUUCACUCCUCAUGCCUGCGAGGAAAACACCUACCAUGUCUGCAAUGGCGACGAUGAGUGCGGUGGCACAUACUCUCCCGACCGAUUCAACGGCAAGUGCGAUGCCAACGGUUGCGACUACAACCCCUACCGUCUCGGAAACCACGACUUCUACGGCCAGGGCUCUUCCGGAGUUGAUACGACCAAGAAAUUCACCGUCAUUUCCCGAUACGAGGUCGACAAACUGUCCAUGCUGUUCAUCCAGGACGGCAAUGUCAUCGAAGUUCCUACCCCUAAGCUUGAGGGGCUUGAGCAAUUCUCCAACGCCAUCACCCCCGAGUAUUGCGAGGCCUACCCCCUCUGUUCCAGGACGUUGACCGCCACGCCGAGAUUGGAGGAACCCCGCUCUCAACGACGCUCUCCGCCUCCCCAUGGUGCUUGUCCUGUCCAUCUGGGCCGACCAUUACGCGAGCAUGCUCUGGCUCGACUCUCUCUACCCCCGGAGAAGGAAGGCAUCCCUGGAGCCCUCCGUGGUCCUUGCCCCGAGACCGGCCGCGACCCCGACGACGUCGUCUCCAACCACGCCAGCGCCAAGGUCAUCUGGUCUAACAUCCGCUUCGGACCCGUUGGCUCAACCCACGACACUGGCGGCAUCUAA